AUGCAAACGGAGGACGCCGCGCAGAGUCCGCCACGGAAGAAGCGAGGGGUUGCAGUAGCGGGACUGGCGGACCGGGACAAGAUGACUGCAGCGGCGGUGGUCAGCGCGCCGCCGUUGCCUUCAUCUUUUAUGCCUGUGCCUCCCAGCUCGCACGAACUCCAUACUGGAAGAAAGCCUCAACCAGGGUCGAAGCGAGGCCGCGUCGCCAAGAGGCAGAGCUGUGUGGACGGUGACCGUCCGAGAGGCAGCCACAGCCACACCGAGACAACAUUAGACGGCACCGCCGCACCGGCCUCCCCCACGUUCUACAGACCGACUGGCACGAAUCGGACGCUGAUAUACGACGUUGAGUCGCCGCUUCUUCUCCGUCCACCUCGCCGCAGUUUGCAGGACGCGGCGGCCUCUCCUCCGCCCCUUGUGGGGUCGAUAGCGACACCCGCCCGCCGCCACGCUGUUGUGCUUACCUCGACCCCACUGGUAAUUCGAGAGGAGCGGGAGAGGGUCGCCGAUGAUGACGCCGCGACUCAUGGGCCAUCAGCGCUGCUCCGCACGCCACUGCGGCUAGUUCGAGCCGCGCGAGGGCUGUUGUCACCGGCCAGUGCGACCCUUCGUCGGCGCCUCACUCACCUCCGGCAGUCUGCGGCGGGUGCAACCAGGUCAGAGCGAGGGCUGCAGCGGCAGCAGCCGACCGCCGCCAGCAGCGCUUCCCCUCCGUCGCCAUCGCCGUGGGGACGACUGAGCGCCAUCGUACCUGCCACUGAUUCUCUCCCCUCCUGGGCGGAAGAGGAGGGCAUCAGCGGCAGUGCAUCGGCGAGGGCAGCGUCGAGGCGAAGGGGUCCUGCACUAUCCUCCGAGCCUCUUCCCGAUGCGGCCGCGCUCUCUUCCAUUCCGGCCAGCCAACGAACCUCCGUGUCCGAGUCUGAUAUGUGGCGGCGCAGCGGCCGUGGCGCGGAGCUGCCUGAGCUUCUCCGUCCCACCAUCCACUCAGACUCGGUCGUACUCUCCGACAGUAGUGAAGGUGACAUUACCGCGUCGCUGUCUCGUCAGUCCUCUCCGAUUGUCACGGCGGUGGACGAGGUACGCGGAGGCUCACGGCUUCAGCGACGUCGUCGCGUGGAUGAGGAGCUGAUGGGGGCGGGUGGGGUCGGUGUCUCUGCGGCUCUUCGCGGGCCAUGCGACGUGCGGUUUGCACAGGUAUCCUCGCUGAGCGAGUCUCUGGCGGAUAUCGUGUCUUCCUCGCGCAGCACCGCCCACUCGAGCCUGACGUCCGCCGCCGCAGCUGCUGCCUCGAGCACCGCGGCGCAGAACCAGAUCUCUUCUGCUGGACAUGGAAGCACAGGAGACGCGGGGGAGGCGUGCAUUCCGCGGCGCAGCGCCACCGUGAUGGACCCCAACUUCUCCUCCAUCCUGCCAGAUGAGGAGGAGCUAGCGAUACGGCGUCGGCUCCAGCGCGGCCGCAACCGUCAAGCGCCGCACAUUCGACGCGAUAGCGACAUCCGCGGGGCCGGUGUGGCAGCGCUGGGGCAGGCACGACAGAACCCAGUAGGAACUCGUGCGGGUGCCGGCAACGUCAUGGAGCUAUUCGUCAGCCGUGCCCCACAACCUGCACCCCUGGAUUGGCUGCAGCCACUGCAGCCGGAGGUGAGGCGGUGCACAUCAUCACGUUACGCAUCUGGCGUUUCUGUCUCGGCCGCUGGCGGAGUGGCUGCAGCCGCCUCUGUGCGCGAAAGCCUUGCCUCGCGCGCGCACGCCGCAGAUGUGUGGCCGCCGCAACCGCAGCGGCAAUCCGCGUCGUCCACGUUACCCUCGCCGCCGUGGCUCACCGUGGCGUGUGUGUCCCGACUUACUGUCGCCCUUCUGUCAGCGCUGGUGUGCGUGUGGUGUGUAGUAGCGGUGGCGUCGCCUCUCAUCGUGUUGCAGCCUCGCUACGCUCUCUCAGCGGUGACACGCACGGACGCGGUCGCCGCUGAGGCGCAGUUUGUGCAAACACACGCGAACUCAGUCGCCGAGUUGCAGGCCCUGUACAAAAUCGCACCCGCCUCACUUGGCGCGGACGCGGUGGUGCGGCUACACCAUCGAACACUCAGUGAGGGAGUGGAGCGGCUGGAGAGGGCGACGCAGCACGUGGUGCCGGAUGACAACGCACCUCCGUCGCGGCGCCUGUUCUACUUACGAGCGAUGAUCCGAGCCUAUCUUGCCUUGUCGCGGAACUGCGAGUUGUACGCGCGUAGCCGCGACAGCAGUUACUGGCGACGCUACGUUGUGUACCCCCUCGCGGACAUGAGGCUCUACGGUGUGCGACGAUUCGGCAGCAUUGCAAGUCGAUCCCUUAUCACCACCAGUGCUGCGGUUGCGUGGCGGGACCGCGUCUGGACCACUGUGAUGUGCAGUGCCCAGUCUGAGGUGCUUCUGUGCCCCUCUGUGCUCUACGUUGAGGAGGCUAUGGCGCGCGACGCUGCGCAGUUUGUGUACACGGACGUCAACGAGGCACACGAGUCGCCGCAGCGGAAGCGCAAACUGCAAGAAUGGCGAGUGCGUCUGCACCGCGACUGGACGAGCGAGGUGUACCUGGAGACGUUGCUACGUUACGUUCGGAGUGGUGUACAGGAGUUGACACGGAACUACAACAGAUAA